GCUUUGUGUGGGGCAGGGGCCCUGGUCAUUGGUCAGAUGUAAGGCCCCUGGCUGCUCCCAGAAUGCUCCUCUCCCUCUCUGAGGAGGGACAUGACUGCCGGCCCAAAGCCUGGCCCAGUGGUCUCUGCUGCUUCUUUGCACCCGGGCACCGCUGUGUCCAGGCCUCGAGGACUGAGGUCCCUGGAGCCACCCAGCUUCUGAGGGUGCAGGCCAAGCAGUGAACACCCCAGGUCUCAGCAUGUUUCUCUACUGGAGGAAGAGGGGCGCCUAUGAGCUGGAAGCCCUGCCUGGUGACCUGGGUCAGCUGGAGCUGGGGGCUGUGGAGCGCUUCUCCUGGAGCUCCGCUCUGGACAUCAUCGAGGACUUGGGGGAAGACCAGAGCCCUGCAGAGGAGAAGGGACUGCGCUGCCAGAACCCAGCCUGCAUGGACAAGGGCCGGGCCGCCAAGGUAUGCCAUCAUGCCGACUGCCAGCAGCUGCACCACCGGGGGCCUCUCAACCUGUGUGAGACCUGUGAUAGCAAGUUCCACAGCACCCUGCACUACGACGGCCAUGUCCGAUUUGACCUGCCCCCGCAAGGCUCUGUCCUGGCCCGGAAUGUUUCCACCCGGUCCUGUCCUCCCCGCACCAGCCCUGCUGCAGACCUGGAGGAAGAAGAGGAAGGCUGUACCGACGGAAAAGGGGACCGGAAGAGCGCCGGCCUAAAAAUCUCUAAGAAGAAAGCAAGGAGGAGACACACAGAUGACCCGAGCAAGGAGUGCUUCACCUUGAAAUUCGACCUGAACGUGGACAUCGAAACAGAAAUUGUGCCAGCCAUGAAGAAGAAGUCACUGGGGGAAGUACUGCUGCCUGUGUUUGAGAGGAAGGGCAUCGCACUGGGCAAGGUAGACAUCUACCUGGAUCAAUCCAACACACCCCUGUCCCUCACCUUCGAGGCCUACAGGUUUGGAGGACACUACCUGCGGGUCAAAGCCAAGCCGGGGGACGAGGGCAAGGUGGAGCAGGGAGUGAAGGAUUCCAAGUCCCUCAGUCUGCCAGCCCUGAGGCCCAGUGGGGCUGGGCCCCCUGUGUCGGAACGUGUGGACCCUCAGAGCCGCCGAGAGAGCAGUCUGGACAUCUUGGCCCCUGGCCGCCGUCGCAAGAACAUGUCUGAAUUCCUGGGAGAGGCAGGCAUCCCUGGACACGAGCCCCCCGCACCUUCCAGCUGUUCUCUGCCCGUUGGCAGCAGUGGGGGUACCAGCAGUGGCAUCAAUGAGAGCUGGAAGAACCGGGCAGCCAGUCGCUUCAGCGGCUUCUUCAGCUCCAGCCCGAGCACCAGUGCCUUUAGCCGGGAGGUAGACAAGAUGGAACAGCUGGAGAGCAAGCUCCAUGCCUACAGCCUUUUCGGGCUACCCCGGAUGCCCAGGAGGCUGCGCUUUGACCAUGACUCCUGGGAGGAGGAAGAGGAAGAUGACGAGGAGGAUGAAGAGAGUUCAGGCCUGAGGCUGGAGGACAGCUGGAGGGAGCUCACUGAUGGGCAUGAGAAGCUGACCAGGCGGCAGUGCCACCAACAGGAGGCAGUGUGGGAACUCCUCCACACAGAAGUCUCCUACAUCCGGAAACUACGUGUGAUCACCAACCUGUUCCUGUGUUGUCUUCUUAACCUACAAGAGUCGGGGCUCCUGUGUGAGGUUGAGGCUGAGCGCUUGUUCAGCAACAUUCCUGAGAUCGCCAAGCUACACCGCGGCUUGUGGGGCAGCGUGAUGGUGCCAGUGCUGGAGAAGGCGCGGCGGACGCGGGCGCUGCUGCAGCCCAGCGACUUUCUCAAAGGCUUCAAGAUGUUCGGCUCACUCUUCAAGCCAUACAUCCGAUACUGUAUGGAAGAGGAGGGCUGCAUGGAGUACAUGCGCGGCCUGCUGCGUGACAACGAUCUGUUCCGGGCAUACGUCACGUGGGCGGAGAAGCACCAGCAGUGCCAGCGGCUGAAGCUGAGUGACAUGCUGGCCAAGCCCCACCAGCGGCUCACCAAAUACCCACUGCUGCUCAAGUCGGUGCUAAGGAAGACAGAUGAUCCCCGCACCAAGGAAGCCAUCGUCACCAUGAUCAGCUCGGUGGAACGCUUCAUACACCACGUGAACACGUGCAUGCGGCAGCGGCAGGAGCGGCAGCGCCUGGCGGGGGUGGUGAGCCGGAUCGAUGCCUACGAGGUUGUGGAGGGCAGCAACGACGAGGUGGAUAAGCUCCUGAAGGAAUUUCUACAUCUGGACCUGACAGCACCCAUGCCUGGAACCUCCCCUGAAGAGACCCGACAGCUGCUGCUGGAAGGGAGCCUGAGGAUGAAGGAGGGGAAAGAUAGCAAGAUGGACGUGUACUGCUUCCUCUUCACUGACCUACUCUUGGUGACCAAGGCCGUGAAGAAAGCAGAGAGGACGAAGGUCAUCAGGCCACCGCUACUGGUGGACAAGAUUGUGUGCCGGGAACUUCGGGACCCUGGUUCCUUCCUCCUCAUCUACCUGAAUGAAUUCCACAGUGCUGUGGGGGCCUACACUUUCCAGGCCAGCAGCCAGGCCUUGUGCCGGAGCUGGGUGGACACUAUUUACAACGCACAGAACCAGCUGCAGCAGCUGCGUGCACAGCUCAGUGCACAGGAGCACCCAGGCAGCCAGCAUCUGCAGAGCCUGGAAGAGGAGGAAGAUGAGCAGGAGGAGGAGGGUGAAGAGAGCGGUACCUCAGCUGCCAGCUCCCCCACCAUCCUUCGAAAGAGCAGCAACAGCCUCGACUCUGAGCACUGCACCUCAGAUGGCUCCACGGAGACCCUGGCCAUGGUUGUGGUAGAGCCUGGGGCGACACUGUCUUCCCCGGAGUUUGAAGGCGGUCCCGUCAGCUCCCAGUCGGACGAAUCUUCUCUCAGUAACACUGCUUCCUCUGUCACUCCCACCAGCGAGCUGCUGCCCCUGGGCCCUGUGGAUGGCCGCUCCUGCUCCAUGGACUCCGCCUAUGGCACCCUGUCCCCCACUUCCCUUCAAGACUUUGUGGCUCCACACCCCGUGGUCGAGCCAGCGCCUGUGCCUCAGACCCCCUCUCCCCAGCCCUCACCCCGCCUCCGCCGUCGCACUCCUGUCCAGCUGCUCCCUCGCCCGCCCCGCCUGCUCAAGUCCAAAUCGGAGGCUAGCCUCUUACAAUUACUGUCAGGAACCCCAGCCGCCCGUGGCGUGCCUCCGGCUCCCAGCCGCAGCCUGUCAGAACUGUGCCUGAUCUCUGUGGCCCCUGGGGUUAGGACUCAGCGCCCCCUUCAGGAAGGUGGUCCUGGCUGGAAUGGUCCAGGGAUGUGUGACCCCUGCCAUGGCCCUCAGUUGUCAGAAUCUGAGAACAGACCUAGCCACAUGACGGGGGGACCUGCAGAUUCUGCCCGAAGGAGAUGCAGAGAGAUGCCUUCUGGGACUAUGUCCAGGGUGCAGUCUGAGCCUCCCUCAGGGGUCUCUGCUCAACACAGGAAGCUGACCCUGGCCCAGCUCUACCGGAUCAGGACCACCCUGCUGCUCAACUCCACGCUCACUGCCUCGGAGGUGUGAGCAGGAGACCCCUAGGGUGCCACUGAAUAAGAGACAGUAGAGAGCCCUGUCCUCUGGGGAUACAGCACCUGCUUCACCGCUGCCUCGUGUGUGUGAAGACCAAGGAGACCCCCAAGGGUACCACUGCCUGAGGACAGCAGAGAGAACCUGCCUCCCUCCCAGAAGUCACAGCACCUGCUUCUCAGCUCCUCAUGUGUGCAUGUGUGCCAGAGCGCCAGGCAGGGUGGUUGCCUCAUCACCUCAUGGCCAAUUUGCACUUUGCCAGACUGGAUGGAAUAGAGAAGGGUCCUGUGGAGUUCCAGGCCCUGGCUGCAAUGCUCCACACACACACACACCCCUCUUGCCCAGGUGGCCUCUUGUCCUCUGCUCUUGACUCUGCCAGCCCUGAUUUUCUGGGCUGGGCUCACUGGCUCUCAAUGCCACCUUCGUUAGGAUUCAUGAAAUGAGUCCCUGUCCUUCCUGGUCAUGCUGGCCUCCGAGGCGCGGGCUGGGAUCUGUCAGGCUGCGUAUUUAUUAAGUUUGGCUAUUCUAUAAAGACUUGUAUAUACUUCCGUGGAAA